CUUCAUUCCAGAAUGUCAUCCUUUUUCCAUCUGGUUCCCUUUUUACUUGGACUUCAUGCUACAACCAAUGGUGCGCCAACUAGCAACCCUAAAGGCAAAGAAACUACUUGCUAUUUGCCUCAACAAAAUGAAACUCUCUAUAAGAUAUCAUCUAUUAACGCUGACUUUGCAUUCAAUCUGUACCGAAAGUUCUCUGUGGAUACCCCAAAUCAGAACAUCUUCUUUUCCCCUGUGAGCAUUUCUGCAGCUUUGGCCAUGCUUUCAUUCGGAGUUGGCUCCAGCACCCAAACACAGAUCCUGGAAGUGUUGGGGUUCAACCUCACAAACACGUCAAUGGCAGACAUACAAGAGGAUUUCUAGCACCUGAUAUGUUCACUGAAUUUUCCAAAGAAAGAACUGGAGUUGCAAGUGGGAAAUGCCCUCUUCAUUGCCAAGCAGCUGAAACUAUUGCCAAAGUUCUUGGAUGGUGUCAAAACACUGUAUGAAACUGAUGUCUUUGCUACUGACUUCAGCAAUGUUUCUGCAGCUCAACAAGUGAUCAGCUGUCAGAUGGAGAAGCAAACCAAAGGGAAAAUUGUGAACCUAAUCCAAGAUCUUAAACUGAAUACCAUCAUGGUCCUGGUGAACUAUAUUCACUUUAAAGCAUAGUGGGCAAAUCCUUUUCAUCAAUCCAAGACAGAAGACAGUUCCAGUUUCUUAGUGGAUAAGACCACCACAGUGAAAGUACCCAUGAUGCAUCAGGUAGAACAAUAUCACUACUUGGUGGAUAUGGAACUGAACUGUACAGUGUUACAAAUGGACUACAAUAAAAAUGCUCUGGCACUCUUUGUCUUACCCAAGAAGGGACAGAUGGAAUGGGUGGAGGCAUCUAUGUCAUCUAAAACACUGAAGAAAUGGAAUCACUUAUUGCAAAAGGGGUGGGUUAAUACUUUUGUUCCAAAGUUUUCCAUUUCUGCCACAUAUGAUCUUAAACUGAUGCUCCUAAAGAUGGGCAUUGAAGAUCCCUUUGCUGACAAUGCUGAUUUUUCUGGACUCACUGAGGACAAUGGUCUAAAACUUUCUUAUGCUGCCCACAAGGCUACACUGAGCAUUGGUGAAAAGGGAUCAGGUGACAUCACUGUCUCUGAGGUCAAAUUCAUGGAUCAAUCUGAAAGCACCCUCCUUCAUCCUAUUAUCCGAUUUGAUAGAACUUUUCUGUUGAUGAUUUUGGAGAAAAACACCAGAAGCAUUCUUUUUCUAGGGAAAGUUGUAGACCCAACAAAAGUAUAGUUGGUAAAGCAGCCACUGGGAAAUUACAAUUACAUAUUGCAGUGGGAAAUAAAUAAAUAAAUAAAUAAAUAAAUAAAUAAAUAAAUAAAUGACAUAGUGCAGAUGAUUGAUGUGGACUAGACUUGUUUUCUCUUUAGAAAGGGUGAAAUUUGAAUCCUGAAAGAACUGGAUAUGGAAGAAGUUAAUCCUAAACCUAAGCACUUGGAUAGUCCAUGAGUGUUUCAUUAUUAUCCAAAAUACAGAGAAACUCUAUACUCUGUAUUAGUGUAUUCCUCAGGUUUCCACCAAUUAUUUAGCUCCAGAAAAUUUAGCUCCAGAAAAUUUCACUUAGAUGUAAAAUAUUUGCCUCUGCUCCCUGGUGAAAAGUAGAGAUGCAAGGUGUGGCUUUAUAUUCCACUAAUAAUAUCAACAAAUAUAUAAUUAUAUAAAUGUAGCUUAGAUUUGAACUUUUCAACCUUCUUCCCUCCACCUCAUCAGAAUGAUUGUCUGUAUUCUUGCCACAUGUUCCAUUGACAGGUUCUCCCACAGUAAGGCUAAAUCACAGGCUGAGAUCUAAUGCUUAGGGAUAUAGCUUCUGUAACCUAGAAAACUUAGAACAGCAGAUCAAAAGUGAAAUGAACUCCCUUGUACAAGCCCGUUUCCUUCACUAAAAUACUUUCAUCUUGCUAAUUAUAUGUUUUACUUAUUUAUUUUGGAUUUGAAUAUUGGUAUCUUAAAAGUGUAAUUUAUCUCAAAAUCAGUCUAGAAAUUUAGUACAAUUUCAUUUUAACUGUCAAUAGCAAUUCUUGUAUAUCUAGUAAAAUUGACUUAAAACUUCAUAUGUAAAGGCUAAUAAUCUAUGAAUAACAAAUAACAUUUAGAGAAAGAACAAACAUGCAUAUGUGUAUUUCAGGAACUAUGAUAAAGUCAGCUAAGCCAGAAAAGUGACAUUUGAAUAUACAAAUAUACCAGUCAAAGAGAAUAAAAAUCUCAAGACACAAACAUAAAGGGAAAUUUGAUAUGGAAUAGAAUUCAAAUAAACACAUGAGGGGAAAUGCCAAUGAACUUAUAUUAUCAGGCAGACAAUGGACUUACGUGUAGAGAAAAUACUAAAACCUUAACUUGUGCUGUACUAGAGAAUAAAUUCUAGAUGUAUUAGAAAGUCAAAUGCAAAAAGAAAACUUUAACAUUAGCAAUGUAAGACAUUUUGUGAAAUGAUGAAUAAGGAAGAAUAUUCAAUAUUGAAAUUUCAUAAUAAAGAACUAUCAGAAAAUUUAAUCUGCUGAAUAAAACUUUCUGAUUAAAUAAUACAGUGUAAGUGGGAAGACAAUUAUAAGCAAUACUAAAAUGUCUGAAAUAAGUACAAAGGGCAUGUGAUUACUCAUAUAAAAAAUUCCUGUAAAAAUAAUAAGAAAAUGGCAAAUAGGCCAAGAGAAAAAUAGGCAUAAAUUAGAAAAAAGAACCAGUCAAUGCUGGAGGUGAAAAAAACAUUGUUUAACAAAUUUAUGAAAGUGGUAGAGCUAAACACACCCACAAAAGGCUAAUAGAUCCAAAUCCUUGGACAUGGAACCUCUUUAUUUCCUUUGUUUUAUCUUAAUGUUUUACAUUUUUACUUCAAUAUACACAAAAGGAAUACAAGUUGUAAAUAUUUAGCUCAGUGAAUUCUGACAAAAUGAACCUAUCUCUGUAAUUGCUACUCAGAACCAAAAAGAAAAGAUUGUCUGCACUCCAGAAAUUUUGAUAUACCUCAUAUCUGCUACCCCUAAAGUAUAGCAGAUCCUAUCUUGACUCAACACUAGUUAUUUUUCCACUGUUUUAAACUUUAUGCAAGUUGAAUCAUACAGAUUAUACUUUAGGUUUCUGGCUUUUUGUUUUAU